AGAGAGGCAUGAGUAGUUGCUAGGCAAGCUCAGCCUCUAAAUCGCUAUGUCUCUCUCUAGUGAGCUUUCUCUCGUUGUAUCACAUGGGGAAUGUAGCUGAGCAGCCAAGCAGCCAGUCACAGAGAGAAGAGAGGAUAGCACACUGAUUAGCACACAGCAGCAGAAACAAGAGCUUCAGUAAAACCAAAAUCUGCAUGCAGUGUGUGUUGGCAGUCCUUACAGCACACACCAGCUAACUCGAUGGCACUACAGCAGGCAUGACUCUCUUCUGCCUUAGGCAGCACAUAUUUAGCUGAGGUCACAGUGGAGCAGACUUUUCUGGACGUCAUAGUUAUUUAAUGGUUAACUUUACUGGAUGAUAGGACCGGACUCUGCUGCAGCUAAAAGCCUGGUCUGCUUGAUGCUAGAUUAUGCUCCAGCUUGAGAGUGCCAAGUGGAGUUUUCUUCUAUGCCUUGGAAUCAGCAUCUUGAUCUGCUCAGUCAUUUAUCUUAAGGAUAAGCCUUCUUAUGUUCCAAAGCCACUGCACCGCACCGUGAGAUGCCGUCCAUUUCCUGCAAGCUGUAACAUUUUGCCACCUACCACUCCUUACACAAGAUGGGAAAGAACAGAAUGCCAGAAGCUGAACUUCAACAGUCCACUCAACUGCUCCCGUAUAAAAUCAGAGCAUCAUUUUAUUAUGGAGACCCUGAGCAAAGAAGAGGAGGACUACCCUCUGGCCUUCAUCAUCACUAUCCACAAAGACCUGGAGAUGUUUGUACGCCUGCUCAGAGCUAUCUAUGCACCACACAACGUCUACUGCAUUCACAUAGAUGCCAAAGCUCCGGAAGAUUACAGACUAAGUGUUGAGAGAUUGGUAGAGUGUUUUCCCAAUGUCUUUCUAGCCUCAGUUAGCGAGACAGUGACUUAUGGUGGUUUUUCUCGCCUGAAGGCUGAUAUUAAUUGCAUGGAAGACCUGGUGAGGUCUCCAGUCAAAUGGCGAAAGGUGAUAAACCUGUGUGGCCAGGAUUUUCCUGUCCAGAGUAACCUGGAGAUGGUCCGAUAUAUGCAACAUGAAGAAUGGAGAGAUAAUAACAUGACUCCUGGGAUAAAACAGCCAGAGAACAUGCAAUAUAGGACUCAUAUAAAGCAUAUAGAAGUUAAAGGUGAUUAUGUGGCCUCCUUGGGUCAAGGUCACAAAAAGUCCCCUCCUCCACACAACCUGACAAUCUACUUUGGUACAGCCUACUACAGUCUACAAAGAGCAUUUGUGGAAUAUGUGCUCACCAGCUCAGUGGCCAAAGACCUGCUGGAGUGGUCUAAGGAUACGUACAGCCCAGAUGAGCAUUACUGGGUAACCCUUAAUCAUGUGGAAGAUGCCCCUGGCAGUAGGGUAAAUGGUGAAUGGGAGGGUAACAUUCGAGCCAUUAAAUGGAAAGAUCAAGAAGGGACAGCACACCAAGGCUGUAGCGGACGUUAUAUCAGGGAUAUCUGCAUCUAUGAUGUUAAGGAUUUAUCCUGGAUAAUUGAGAAGAACAGCAUGUUUGCCAACAAGUUUGAGAGUACUAGCUUUCCUGAAGCCUUGGACUGCCUAGAACAGUGGCAUAGGCAGAAAGUCCUACAGCAGGCAUCGGUGCUCAUUAAGUUAUCGUGGCAACUCGCAACAGAGGUCAAUAUUAGUACUGCCACAGUAACAGGCUGAAUGAAAAAGGUCACAGUUAAGACUGACAGUUAAUUCUUGAACUAAAUUGUUAUUCACACAAUUCAACAUGGAAUGAUUAAUCCAUGGAACAAGAGUCAUACUGAGCACAAACCAGUUCAAUUUUUUUGUUUGUUUGUUUGCUUAUUUAUUUUUUUUAAUUAAUUAAUUUAUUACUAUUCAUGGUCAUGUCUCUAUGUCUGUAUGUAUGUGUUACUUACAAUGAAUGAAUUAAAUCUAUUAUUUGGCACAUAUUAUAAAGG